UAUUCUUUCGUCUUCCCUCUAGCCCGUGGGCUUCAUGGUACCAAUACGCCAGAUCCCAUCACCGUCGUCCUUCCACCGUCUCUGUCAUUUCUUCUCCGUGACCGCCUAUGACGUCUCUCUUGUAUCUUACCCACCUUCAUCUACUACAUCACAAUCUCCUCCCGAACGAACCAAGGCCAUCGCAACUCUUCUAUCUAACUGCACGACCCUCUCUCAUGUUCGCCAGGUUCAUGCCCAUCUCCUCUGUUCUCGCAUUCUGGAGCUCUGCUCUCUCCCUUUCCAUUGGAACAACAUCAUUCGAGCCUACACUCGUCAGGUUUCUCCUCUCGAUGCUCUUUCGGUCUACUUCGACAUGGCGAGAUCCGGCAUCUUGCCCGAUCGUUUUACCCUUCCUAUCGUACUCAAAGCUGCAGUUCAGUUUUACGACACCCAGAUGGGAAAGCAGCUCCAUUGCGUCGCCACGAGGCUUGGGCUUGUCCGAAAUGAGUUCUGCGAGAGUGGGUUCAUCACGUUGUACUGUAGGGCGGGAGAAUUCGAGAAUGCACGGAAACUGUUCGAUGAAAAUCCUCAGAGGAAGCUUGGUUCUUGGAACGCCAUCAUUGCGGGGUUUAGCCAAGCUGGGCGAGCCGGAGAAGCCAUGGACAUGUUUAUGGAGAUGAGAAGGGAGGGUUUCGAACCAGACGAUUUCACCAUGGUGUGUGUGACAUCGGCAUGUGGAGCCUUAGGGAACUUCAACUUGGCCUUUCAGUUGCACAAAUACGUCCUCCAAGCAAGAACCCAAGACAAAUCCGACAUUAUGAUGAUGAAUUCGCUCGUCGACAUGUACGGAAAAUGCGGCCGCAUGGAUUUAGCGGAGAAGGUGUUCGCCAAAAUGCCCGUACGAAACGUCCGGACCUGGACCUCCAUGAUCAUGGGUUACGCCACUCACGGGAGAACGGAAGAAGCCUUUGAACGGUUCAACCAGAUGAGAGAAUCCGGAAUCCGACCGAACCACGUCACGUUCAUCGCAAUCCUCACGGCCUGUGUCCAUGGCGGACUUGUGGAAGAAGGGAAAACGUAUUUCAGAAUGAUGAAGGAGGAGUUCGGUCGAGAACCGGGAUUACCCCACUAUGGAUGCAUGGUGGAUCUUCUGGGCAGGGCAGGGAGGUUGAAGGAAGCCAGAGAGAUGGUGGAGGGGAUGCCGAUGGACCCUAACGUGGUGGUGUGGGGUUGUCUGAUGGGUGCGUGCGAGAAAUUUGGGGACAUAGAGACAGGAGAGUGGGUGGCUCAACAUUUGGUCGAGCUCGAGCCGUGGAACGAUGGAGUUUACGUGGUCUUGGCGAAUGUGUAUGCGAAGAGAGGAAUGUGGGAUGAGGUUGAGAGAGUGAGGAAUGCCAUGAAGGAGAAGAAGCUUUCCAAGCUUCCUGGUUUUAGCUAUGCUUCUUCUUCUUCUUCUUCUUGAUUCUUUGCCAUAAGGCAAGAACACAGCACCUUUGUCUUCUCCCGGUUCUUGACUGAAUCUGAAAUGUGAAUGUUCAAUAAUCUCUGUAUUGAUGGUUCUGUUAUGCAUUAUGCAUUGAGUUUCUGUUUGGUUUAGAUUUUUCAUUUGUAACAGGGACUGUAUUUUUUUUGUCUUUUUUUUUUUAUACAAUUUGACAUGGAAUCUGAAAGUGAAUGUUCAGUAAAUCCUAUACCAUGGUUUACUA